AUGUCUGACGAAAGCGACACGCCACACAGAUACAGGAGGCGCCGAAAUUACUUCGACGACUAUAGCACCGAUGACGAAGAGUAUGCUCGGCCAAUAGAGCUAUCUUUUUCAACAAACUCACCAGACAUGUUUGCCGAGUCAGGCGUGGGGUCGGAUAUUUCUUCGGGAAUAAUUGACCUCUGCGAUGACUCGGAUGAUGAUGAUGUGGUCGAGAGGCAGCCUAUUUACUUGGAAGAUCAGGGCGUUCUAGAAAAAGUAUUUGCCGAAGAAUGGGAUUAUGUUCCCGGCAUAUCAGCAAUCCAACCAAAUGAUGAGCAGGCAACCAUCGAUGCGAUAUUUGAUCAAGAAGACCCGUUUGCCGGUACUACUGCUGAUGCUGCUGCUGCUGACGCUACUGGUGCUGCUGCUACUGGUAAUAUAUCGCCCAGCCCUCCGAGUCCAGAUUUUGACCCCAGCCAAGCCAGGGGCCUGGAUGAUGAAGUUGCGCAGCUGGAGCAGCAAAUUGAACAAGCUGUUUCAUCGGACGAGGCGCAACAAACAGCAGCUCAGCCCAGGCUAAUAAAUAGAAAAAACCCGUCGGCUAGGCGAAAAUUAAAUUUUUAA